CAACACCAAGUGGACCAUGCUUAGAACCAUAGAACAGGUGUGCCUGUCAUACGUUUACGCCGCCGUCUUGUUGGUAUAAGACCAUCUGCCUCCUUCACGUAGGGCCCACUACUCUCGCUGUUUCUCCUCUAGCCCCAAGACACUACCCGCUCCCCAUACCACGCCAGGCUGGCAAUUGAUGCAAAGGCACUAACGAUGAGGCAUACGCUUCUGCUGAACAGCAGAGUGUCGUUGACGUCUCGCAUAAUCCUGGAAGACAGUGCCUUAGCGUAUCCGUGGAGCUGGGUUCUACCAAGGCGUCAACAUGGUGUCUCCGGUUCCAGUCACGCCUAAGCCGCAUAUAUUCAACCCAGCCAGGGGAAAGAAGAGGAAGCGCACACAAAAAGAGAAAACUCCCGAGGAAAUUUACGUGGAGUUGGAGGAACAGGAAAACACGGACUCUUCGUGGUCAGGCAUCACCGAUGAUGAGGAGGAGCUGGAUGGAGAAGAACGGAAGAGGAGAUCGAAGAGGAGCCAGCUAGAAUGCGGCAUUUGGCAAUACCACAUGGUAUUCCAAAGAAAAACGGGCCCCCCCCCUUCCAGACUUACACCUCAAGAACCAGAAGAGCAAAGAUCGGAAACCCAGAAUAGAACUUCAAAACCGAGCGAGGGGCGCCGCCGCUCCUCUAGACACGAACCUCAUUCGCGCGAUGCAGCUCCGACAUGGCGAAAGAUUCUACAAGAUCGAGAAGCUGUAGAUAAGCGUAAGCAAAACGCCAAGAAGAUCACCCCAGAAAUUUGGAAGUUUUACAUGGAAACAAAAGCCAGUUUUGAAGAGUAUGUCCAGGAAGAGUCCGAAAAUAGGGGCCUUUGGGGUCGCCACACAAUCAUCGACCACUGCAAAAAUUACAUCAGACUGCUGCCUCUGCGAGGGGUAACUGCUAGCGCUCUUUGGCAGAGUAAGGACGCACUCAAGUACUUGUGUAGCAGUAAGACAAAGGAAUUUUCGAGACUCCAGGCCAGCUGGGACCUCGAGAUCACUGCUCAAGUGGAGCAGACCAUAUUCGAAGAUGACCUAGAAGACUCAGAGGAGUCGGAGGAGUCCUCUUCGGAGGUGCCCACGCCAACCAUACCAUUAGGACCCACUAGACGUGCUGCCGACUUUGUUGAUCUUACUAUCGAUACUCCUGAUGUCAAGGACGAAGAGGUCGAUGUCAACAAGCACACUGUCCAUGAGAUACAAUGCCAUGAAGGAUCAGCCCCCGAAGAAGAAGGCUGCGAUGGGGAUGCCUACCAAGUAGACGCUGACAGUCCAUCAAACACAGUCAUCAACCCUGCGCACUCAGAGAUGGACCAAGAGACGCCACCCAACGCUGACGAAUCCGACGAUGAGCUCUAUCGGCCUCCCCCUCCAGUUGAAAACGUCCUUUCGAGGAACGCGUUAAGAUCAAGCGCAGCCCACAGCCGGAAUGUUGAUCCUGGUUCUGGAGCGGCCGCUGAAAUCAACUCAACCGACCCAAUACUACAGCCAAACUCAAAAGAUUCAGACGAAAGCACCACGGUUGAUCAUGCUGGCGAUGCUUCCGAUGCUUGCAUGGAUGAGAGUUAUCAUGAUGAAGAUGACCUCGAUGAAGAAGAGGACGACGAGGGACCUGUCGGGCUCAGCGGACGACGACAUAUGUCCUCGGAGAUUGCUCAAUAUGACUCCCAUGAUGUGCCUCGGGCUACUACUUCAGAUGAUGACAUGCAAGGCAUAACAGCCAGUACAAUAUCCCAAUGUGCACCCAAGCAAUUUCCUUUCCAGUUCACGGAACUGAGCUGCUCAUGCUCCAGCCUGAGCUGUGGCUGUGCUAGGUGAGCGCAUCCUGAGCUGAGACUGAGCAGCUUGUUGGAACCCAGUUUUGGGCCCUGUUGAAUACUGGGAGUGUUGAGACUGUAAUAAGUAGAUACUGUAUAGUCUUAGCGGAGAUCGAAUGACACCCAGAGAGCCGGAGUCGAUGUAACCAUGCUCAGUAACAUACCUUAACACCAUC